AGAUUCGGUGUAUGCUCUUAACCUUCUUCGUCAUCUUAUUCUUCAUAUUCAUUCUGAUGCUUAUCGGAGGUAUUCUGGGAUAUGUGUUCAGGAAUCAGGUUGACGAUCGGAUGAACAGAGAAAUGAUAUCAACUGUUGCUCUCUAUAACAACGACACUGCCGUCACUGAUGCCUGGGAUUCCGUUCAAAAGAAUUUCAGAUGUUGCGGAAUAUCAGUGAACGGCGCCAAAGGAUAUCAAAUAUAUCAGAGACAGAACAGACCCUCAUUUGGCGGCGGGACGGGCAAGGAUAAGGUGCCCAAAAGUUGCUGUAAGGAUCCCAAUGCUAACCAAGAGCGCACCUGUACUCAAAAUCCCGAUGAUUCACUACAAGUGUAUCAAGAGGAUUGUUACGCAAAAAUGAAGGACUUUGUAAAAUAUAAUUAA